GACUAGUCGACACGGGCACUGAUUGGACAAUUUCUUUGCCAAAAGCAGUUUUCUUCGCUCAAAACGCUAUUUGCAUAACGAUUUGCAGGGAUUUUCGCGAUCCCCAGAGUGCCCAGCACCAGUCCCCUUCUGGAAGUGUCACGUGGACUAGGAAACGGCCCAGAAAACCAGGCGAAAAGCGAGGUGAAAGCAGGCUACACUUCGUGACAAAAAAGGGGGUGGAGGAGGUGGUUGUUCCUCUGAAGAAAUCGAAUCCAAACGAGAGCUCAACCACUUGGCAUCGAAAUGGAAAACCACUGAGGCACUCGGCAGAUGCAAAGGAAACUGGAAGUGGGAUUGCGAUUCAGGACUUGGGAGCCGCGGCGCGGUGUAAAUGCGUGCGGCCGUUGGCCUGAUGCUGUCGCACGGUGGUGGUGUCGUGGAGCCGUCGAUGUCCCGGCCGGAUUACGAGCAGAGCGCCCUCCAUCACAGCUGUCUGCUGGUGCUGCUCCGCGGCGUGGGACCAUCGCGUGCCCGCAUCCUCCAGCGGGCGUUCGAGAAAGUGCGACGUGUCAGCCACAUCCGGGUGAAUGAUUCCUCUGGCAAUCCCCGCACUAUUUGGAUUCGCUUCGUUCACGAUCAUCCCGUGGAGCACAACGACUGGGGUGACUUCCAGACCCAUCGCCGACUGCUGGGACUCGUUACCAUCGGCAAAUUCGAAAACCAAACCGAACUCAAUGAGCUGUGCCGCCAACACGAGUCCCUGAAAGUUCGCUACGGCUCUACACUGUAUGAAUCCCGUGCCAUUUUCUUUGGACCCGAUGAAACGCCGCUGGAAACCAUCGGCGAGGUGCUGGCGUCACCACCAGCCGGAGGUCGACGCCUCCAAGAUGAGUUCACCACGCCCUCAAACUUCAAGGCACAGGCAUUCUUCUACCGCGAACAGGAUUCGUGCGCGGAUCUGGAAUCUCGAAUUGGGGACUUUGCCAGCGCUUUGUUUUGGGUCCUGGAAUCGCGACGCUUGGAGCGAUCCCGCGAGAAGGCGGACAAGCUGAGCCUGCUGCAGGCUCCCUUCGAGAAACGCGACUUUGUGGGCCUGGACAUGGAGUCGAGAAACAAUAGGAAGCGAUGCGUGGGUCGUGUGAUGAAGAACCUGGCGGAUCUAUCGCUACAAGCCGGUCUCGUGGAAGACGCCCUAAGUUUGUACCACAAUGCCAAUGAGACCUUGAGGUCAGUGGGCGAUUCGCUGUGGGUUGGAGCCACCGAAGAGGGUCUGUGUGCCGCCUCUGCGAUGCUCUUGUAUCCCCAAAUGCGAGAGAUAGAGACGCUUCACAGGAACUCUUCGCUCCAGGAGGCGGGCACAUCACCUUUGAAAAACACCCCUGAAAAGUGGCGGGCUAGUGAUGCCACCAAGAAAAUCAGCGCCAGCGAAGCCACCACAAACAACGUGGAUGGCACCCAACAAAGUCAGCAGCAUCAGCAGCAGCGCGUAACCUCGAACUCAUCUUCCUGCUCAUCGGUGUCUUCCCUGGUGACCACGGCCACCAAUUCGUCCGCCUCGGACACGCCAACCACCUCGUCCUCUUCCACUUCGACGAUAUCGGCGGCACCGAUUCCGGGGCACCAGAGAAACGGCGAACUGCCGGGCAAUAUACUCAAGGCGGAGGAGAUCACCAACUACUAUCGCAAGGCCAUCAUUAACUACAGCAAAUACAGGCAUGCAGCGACCAUUGAAACGGAGGCGGCUCUGAAGGCCUCACGGAUUUGCAUCGAGCAGAAUCGUCCUCUGGACGUGGCCAUGUUUCUUCAGAAUAUCCUGUACAUUAACCUGAGCAUGAGCGAAGCGGAGCGAGUGAAGAGAUUCGAGAUCAUUACGGAGCUGUACCAACAGAUCGGUUACCAAAGGAAGGCGGCGUUUUUCCAGCGUCUGGCUGCACUGAAGCAUGUACAACAGGGCAGCCAGGCGCCGGACUGGAAUCAGAGCUAUCGUCUCAUGUUGGGCAGCUUUACGGGCUAUCUGCUGUGCUUAGAUCCACUGGAGGUGCUGGAAAAUGCUGCUGGCUGGCCGGCGCUGCAGAUCGAUCUGGUACAGAGUCUCAUAACGGCUGCCCGAAGACUGGGACACUCUGCUCUGGCCACACGCCACAUGACCUUCCUGCUGCAGACACAGUGGGAUAACAUGUCGCCCACGGAACAAAGUGAAAUGGCUGUGCAACUGCAGAAUUUAAGCGCCCAGUGUGAGGGAUCACCCGUUCCUUUAGUGCUGGAGAAUGGCACUGUGAUACCGCCCGCCAAUCUCACGGACCUACCCUACUGCCUCGAUCUACAGGUCAAAGAUUUGCCCGCCCACCUGCGACCGCAGAGAAUAAAGGUGGCCAAGGCGGACAGUGGGCCCUUUCUGUUUACCCCCAUACACUUUAAUUCGGUUGACAGAAGGGACAAGAAAAAGGACAAAAACAAAAUAGCUUUCCAGUGGGUGCAAAACGAUCUCAGCGAGGUCACUGUGCGCCUGCGCAAUCCUCUGCCCUUUGAGCUGGCCGUUACGGACAUGAGAUUGCUGUCGAAUGGUGUAGUCUUUGAGUCGCUGCCUCAGACCAUUGUUCUCCAGCCACAUGUUCCCACUUAUGUCGCGCUCCAUGGAACGCCCAUUGAGCCGGGGCAGUUGGAUCUGCAGGGCUACAGCACACACACGCUCGGCGUAAAGUCCAACUGCCGGCUGAAGCACAUGCGUGGGCGCAGCUUUCCACCCAACUACCUGGUGGAUGUGAUACCCGCCCUUCCUAGGAUAUCCGUUAAAACUUCCCUGCCCCAGACAGCGACAUUUAGCAACAUGAAUAGUGCGGAUAUUGUGGUGACCUCCGCCAGCUUGACCCUGUACAAUGGGGAAUCCUCCAGCUGCACGAUAACAAUCACAAAUGAGAGCACAACGCUACCACUGGAGCACCUGGAGGUCAACAUCAACUCAAAUGUUGAACAGGAGCUGCAGAAAAAGAUCUUCCGGGUAGAUGAAGAGGCAUUGAAGGCCAAGCUACCGGUGCCUCCCCAGAGCUCGAUUGAAAUUAUCGUAGAUGUUUAUGCCGAAGCGGACUUCGUUUGCCCCCAGCCACCCGCUUCAGUUCAUUCAAGCGCUGCUGCCGGGGAUUACGGUGCGGCGUCCCUCACGCACUACUCCAACGUUUCCACCUCUGGGCAUGCCAGCUUGCCCUCGAGAGUCAGUUCGCCGCAACAUCGUCGGCACGAGCCGCAAAACUCCAGUUUUCGUUCCACCUUCUCAGGCGGUCAGUCGUCGCUGGCUGCUUUGAGUCUUCAGCCUGGCGGCGGAAGAGGAGCAGGACCCUCCAGUCUGGGCUCCCAAUAUUCGCAGCACAUUGAGGCACAAGUGCGAUUGAAGUACUCCGGCGGAGACGCUCUAACGGCGGGCUACUGUCGCCAGUGUGCGGUGUCUUUUAACCUAGAACUUUUGCCCAGCGCGCAGAUAACAAGCUGGGAUGUCCUUCCCGCUGAGGUACCCUCACAAUUUUACCUGGUACUUGACAUUUCCAACCUAACCGCUCAAGAGAUGUCGCUCAACUACACGGACACCAAGAAUAUACUCAUCGAGGCCGAAGAGAGCUGCCGAGUGCCCAUACCCGUGGAUCGUUGCUCCCUGGAGCAAGUGGUGGCCGCGCGGGCAGCCGAAGUGGCUGAAAAUCUGGAAAGGGAGCUCUGCUUUCGGACGCAACUGCUGUCGUUUAAUGAUGCUCUGAGCAAGCUCUGUUCAAUUCACAUAGCUGAACGGGUGAAAAUCAACUGGCUGUUGACGGGGACGGACAUUCAGGGAAUCGCCUCCCUGCGAGGGAUUGUUCUCUCCCAGUCUAUGGUGGAUUUGACGGCUGUGUCGCCUUUGGAGUGGGCAAUCAGCCUCCAGGAAACACCUGUGCAGCCGCACAGCGAGAUUGUGUGCACUGUUGGCCAGAGUUCACUGCUUAGCAUCCAGCUGGCAAACACAUCUCUUCAGCCUCUCAGGAACUUGGUGCUGAGCAUCAAGUUCUAUCAGGAUUACCUGAACGGAAUGGAGAAUUACAAUUUGGAGACACGCGUGGCCAUUUCAGGACCAAAUAGAAUUGCAAUUCCCCUACUGAAGAAGCAGGAGCAGAAACAGCACACUUGCUCUGUGAUAUUCUUUACGCCCGGACGCUUUAAGGCCAGCAUCGAGUGCACCAGCACUCCGCAGAAGCAGUCGGAGCAGCCGGCGUCACUGCUAAGCCGUUCCUGUCCGGUAGAAACCGAGAACGCCGGCCAGUCGGUCAUGUUCUCCUCCAGCUACGAUGAGCAGCAGGCGCACGUGUGGAAGUUCAUUCCACCGAUCGAGGUUACCGUCGUGGAGCAGUGAAAUGUUAACUGUCGCUAGUUUAAUUUCGUUAUUAUGUUUGUGUAUGUAUUGUGUAUACCCACUUCCCCGCUCCAGUAAGUUUGAUUCCCGAUCUGUUAUACCCGGAAACACGAAAAGCAAUUGUUUGUAAAGAAUUC